AUGAGAGGUGCUCCCACCUCUCUCCUCAGAGUGGUGGCGACUGCUCUUCUCACCAUCCUUCAGUUGAGUCGGACUGCCGACGAUCUCUUUCUUCAUUAUGGUGUGGCGAUCCUCAAAGCUGCCCUUGCCAAUCAACACAAGCAGGGGUUUGGACUGACCACUGUCCACAAGAAAUCGGAGGGGAAGUCUAGCACCCCAGUGGAGUAUCUUGCGCGACGACAGACGGUGGAGAUCGGUAAAAAACGACCUGCGGGGAGGAAAUCAACACGGAUCGAAACAGGAAAGCGGAAAAGAUAG